GGGUUUCGGCGUUUCUGUCUUUGGUUGCUUUUGGACGCUAGGAUCUGAUUCCAGACAUGGUAGGAUUCGACGUUGGCGCCGUUCCUUUCAAUCCGGACGGUUGGGGGCCGCCGGAAUCUUCAUCUCCUCUCCUUGCAAAUCACCCCAGUAAUGUCCCGUUCGCACCAUUUUCUCGCUCCGAUAAGCUCGGCCGGAUCGCCGACUGGACUCGCAACUACAACAAUCCGGGCAGGAACGCAGGAAACCCUCGCAGCGCCGCCGACUCCGUUUUCGACUUCACCGGCGACGAGUCCUUCGGCGGCCUCGCGGCCGACGAGGACUCCUCCUUCCGCCUCGUCGACGGCAAACCGCCGCCGCGGCCCAAGUUCGGCCCUAAAUGGCGGUUCCAGCAGCAGCGCCACCACCAGCUGCCGCAGCGGCGGGAUGAGGAAGUAGAGGCCAAAAAGCGCGAGGCAGAGAAAGAACGCGCUCGCCGCGACCGCCUCUACCACAUGAACCGCUCCGGCGGCAACGCGCUUCGGCGCGAGGCGGCGGUGUUCAAGUCCUCCGUCGACAUCCAGCCCGAGUGGAACAUGCUCGAUCAAAUUCCAUUCUCAACAUUCACCAAACUGUCGUUCUCGGUUCCGGAACCCGAGGAUCUCCUCUUGUGCGGCGGGCUCGAGUUCUACGAUCGGUCCUACGAUCGCAUCACGCCGAAGAACGCUCGCCCACUUGAGCGGUUCAAGAAUCGGAACUUCUUCAAAGUUACAACCUCCGAUGAUCCGGUCAUUCGCCGACUAGCCAACGAGGACAAGGCCACGGUUUUUGCUACAGACUCGAUUCUGUCUACUCUUAUGUGCGCUCCGAGGUCGGUUUACUCUUGGGAUAUUGUAAUCCAGCGAGUUGGGAACAAGUUGUUCUUUGACAAGAGAGACGGAUCGCAGUUAGAUUUGCUUGCUGUUCACGAGACUUCCCAAGAGCCGUUGCCCGAGGCUAAAGACGAUAUAAACUCCGCCUACUCAUUGAGCGUUGAGGCUGCGUAUAUCAACCAGAAUUUUUCGCAGCAGGUUCUGAUUAGAGAUGGGAAUAAGGUGGCAUUCGAAGAGCCGAACCCGUUUGCGAAUGAGGGCGAAGAGGUGGCAUCCGUUGCUUAUAGAUAUCGUCGCUGGAAGCUUGACGAUGAUAUGUACCUCGUAGCCAGGUGCGAGGUUCAAAGUGUAGCAGAGGUUAACAGUCAGAGGUCGUUCCUCACGCAAAAUGCACUAAAUGAGUUUGAUCCCAAGUAUUCUGGUGUUGAUUGGAGGCAGAAGUUGGAGACCCAGAGAGGUGCGGUAUUGGCUACGGAGUUGAAGAACAAUGCCAACAAGUUGGCUAAAUGGACCGCCCAGGCUCUUUUGGCUAGUGCAGAUAUGAUGAAAUUGGGUUAUGUUUCACGAGUUCAUCCUCGUGAUCACUUCAACCAUGUCAUAUUGGCUGUAGUUGGAUAUAAGCCAAGAGAUUUUGCAGCACAGAUCAAUUUGAAUACUGCGAAUAUGUGGGGUAUUGUAAAGUCCAUUGUGGACUUGUGCAUGAAGUUGAAUGAAGGGAAGUAUGUGCUUGUGAAGGAUCCAUCGAAGCCCCAGGUGAGGAUUUACGAGGUCCCUGCAGAUGCAUUCGAGAAUGAUUAUGUGGAGGAACAAUUACCGGAGGAGGAACAAGCCCAACCACCUGCAGAGGAUGCAGAAGGUGGGGAGGCAAACGCAGUCACAAAUGAUGUGGAAGACAAAGAGAUUAAGAUUGAGUCUUGAAAGGAAAAAUAAGUAGCUGCAGCGAGGCAUAGAGAUAAUCUGGAGGGUCCCCUGUUUUGGACUGUUGUCCCUAUUUGUAGUAGUUUUGUCUUUUUAAUUUCUUGACCAUCAAGUGCCCAUUCCACUGGGUUUUUUUUUUUUUUUUUUUUUUGUGGGUAAUUUUUAAGUAUAAUAUAAUACUUCCUUAACUUGAA